AUGACCCCUCACACUUACAACUCGCCUCGGCCGCCGCCCGCCUCCGCGACUCCCUCCUCGCCCAUCCCCACGCCCCCCAUCGCCACCUUCGCUGUCGACCUCGCCGACCUCGACAACCUCACCGCCAACCUCACGACCAUCCUGGACGCGGCCACGGACGGCGGCGCCUCCAAGCUGGACCACAUCAUAUACACUGCCGACACCGCGUCCCCGCUCCCGCCCUUGUCAGAGACGGCGCCGCGUCACAUCACAUCCGCCCACUCCCUCCGCGCCCGCGCCCCCCUCCUCCUCGCUUCCGUCUUGGAAACCGCGCCGGGGAAGUACAUACUCUCUUCACCGGACGCCUCCGUGAGCUUCACUAACGGCUCGAGCUCCCACCGCCCGUUGCCCGGCUGGGCCGUCGCCGACGCGGCCGCCGCCGUGACCGAGGGUCUCGUGCGGGGGCUGGCGUGCGCCCUCGCGUCGCUGCGCGUGAACCUCGUCUCGUCGGGACCCGUGACGACGGAGCUGUUCCGCACGCUGCCCGAAGAGACGGCCGAGCUAUUCCGGGCGAAGUGCCUGACGGGCCGGCUGGGGAGGCCUGAAGACGUGGUGGAGGCGUACUUGUAUCUGAUGAAGGACGGGUUCAUUACUGAAUCAACCAUCUUUACCGAGGGUGGGCGGAUACUGUCAUCGUGAGGAUGGUGAGCGUCAGUCAGUAGAAGAGCUUCUUGGAUAUUCUCUUCCCGACAACUCGGCCUUCACGGGACAGGACGAGCCGAAAGAAUGAUUAAAACGACGUCUUCGUUUUUUGGCGGAAUUUGUCCGCAAAUGCUUUGUUAUGUACAUUUUGACCAUCCCGAAACUCCACGUCGGAAGUGCCAUCCUAGUUCAUCGCGGAAUACAAUACUACAUCAACCCAGCCCGUCCCCUUUUGGUCUCUUCCCACAGUAAUGGUUUGGGGACGGGCCGACUAAUACAAGGGCCUGGUCUGCAGGUGCCUCGGCCACUUCCUUACGGUCCUCAAACCGAACCCGUCUGGAGACUCUCGAGUUCGUCAACGGAGAGCGUAGAAUAAGAAUAGCUUUCCUAGGAGCCAGACGCCCCGAAAAGAGUCCCACCGACGCGCCACAUCUGCCUUGGUUGCAUGUCGCUUCCCUC